UUAUGAUUAACCCCACAUUUGCGGUUAGAUUGAAAUUAAGUGCUUAAAAAAAUGCAAGGAAUGUUAUAAUUAGGAAAUAAGGCAUGUGUGUUAUGUUAUCUUGUAGAUACGAGUACUCCAGGAUGGUAUAAGAGAUGUAGAGAAACUUGUAUCGUCUUAUGCGAAGCAAAUGGUUGGAACUUCUUCGAAAAGGAUAGUACACGUAUUUGUUCCGGUUCUUGAGAAUAAGCAUUGGUGGUGCGCGGCUUACUCUCCAAAUAGGGGAGAAGUGUUGGUGAUGGAUUCAUUGGAGCCAAAGAAGGCACCGGAUUGCCAUCAUCUCAGCCUCACAACAUUGGGGUAUGCUAUGGAUACGUUAUUUAGUGCUUUGGAUCCAUCUUGGAGAGUAGGGCGCAUACAUACUUGGCCGACUGUGAGCUUGGACAUGAACAUCCAAAAUGACACACAUAGUUGUGGUGUCCAUAUGCUCAUUGCGAUUAAAGCUUGUGCGGAUCGUUUUGUGGAGAGAGUUGUUGUGGAGAAUAUGUCGAAGGAACGGGAGCGGCUGCUAUGUGAAGACGUUAUGUCAACGGAGAACGAAGCAAGAAGUAGUGUUAUUGAUCUAUUAAGUACAUUGUGACUUGGUGUUUGAAAUUUAAUUGUAAAUGGCCAUUGUAAUUAACAACAUUGGGCCAAUGGGCCCUUUAGUAGUAUGGGACCUUUGUUAGUUGGUCUUCAUAUUACUAUUACUAAUUUAUAACGAGGGAGAGCUGGGCUACUAAGGAGUUGGUCAUUGUAAUUAGUAACAUUGCAAUUACAAAUUGGGGAAUUAGUAUGCCAUAAUCAUGUAUUACUUGGAUUUUAUAACGAGUAAGAGCUGGUCUACAUACUCGACCCCAUGAA